UUACACGCUCAGUUUUAAAAACUUUGUAUUUGAAAUAAGUAAAAUAAAGUUUUCCUAUAUGUGAAAGAACAAAAGAAUCCUGGAAGAAGAGAAACGUUAUAAAUAAAAAUAGAAAUAUAUAUUCUGAUAUCCUUAAAUAUCUAUUCUUAAAGGCCCACUAUGCAACUUCGGGAAUUUCUUCGCUGUUUUCUUGGUUUGAGCACGCACAUUUCUCUACACAGCGCCCCCUACAGCUUCGUAGUAGAUAUUUUACAACACUGUCGUAACAACUCGUUGACGACCCUUCCCCAUGCACUUCUACGCGAGCCAUGUGCAUUUGUUUUCAAAGAAGCCGGCGAAUGCGUGGAGCCAUGUCCGAAGUAGAUGUUCAUAAAGUCGACGGAUCCGUCAUCCAAUCAGAUCGCGUCUGCAAAUUUAAGCACUGUGACGCGACUCGGGCGCUGACGAUACUGGAAAGCGGGAAAGCGGGUCAUCUUGCAUCGCAACAAGCAGGAAGUAGCGGGAAGAACCCGGCGAAGCGAUUUGAUUGGCUGACGGAUGCCUCUGCAAAGACUACUCCCCCAUCAGUCAGCCACGCCUUCCCACCUCCGUUGACUGAAGGAGGUAGUGGGCACGGGGCGUAACUCAGGAACACGUCCACUUUGCUCACAUUGCCGUGUUCCCAUGGUCGUCAUCAGUCUCGGUGCCAUCAUGUUGAUAAAAACUAAAAUAAAUAUGGAACAAAAAUAUGUCAGGAUAACUGAGCCAAACUUGGAAGAAUUCUUGGAUGCUGCUUUCAUGAAGUUCUCCAACCCACCACCCACUGAAGGCGUCACAGUGUAUGAUGAGACGGGAACGGAGGUGGACGCAGACGUCUUUGAAGACGUUGCACAGCAGCCAAAUGCUGGUGUAUUUACAAUCAGAUUCAAACACACAUUGGAGGGAGCAACAGGCAGUUCACUGCCUGAUGCAGCACUGGAACUUUCUAACUACAACCCUGAAGAUUCAGUCAUCCUAGAACUUUUAUCUUGCACUUCUGAUGACACCAUCAUCCUGGAGGAGGAUUCAAGUCCAUCUGCAAAACGGCAGAAACAAGACCGAGAUGCCAAACACUUAGUUGAAUCAGCCCUGGCUAAGAAACCAGGUGGAGACCGCAUUGUGAAAGAAUACAACAGGACAAAAGGUCUAACUGACUCUUCACGGCGACAGUUGGUGAACAUCCUUGCUGCCGACAUGACUGAAACUCAUGGGAUGGCACCGCCACGGCAUGCCAGAGAGAUGUAUGCCAAAGGCAUAGUUUCCAUGUUCCCGUACCUGAUGGAUCCAUAUUCCAAAAAUGGAUAUGCAAGUAUUUUUAUGCAUUCAAACAAAUAUACAGAAACUACAAUGCAAUAAGCAAUUAGAUAUUGACUGUGGUGGGUGUACACAAGUACAGUUUUCUACUUAGUAAGUAUUGUUUGUCUUAAUUUAAAGGAACAUUUCUAUGAUGGUGAAAGUGGCACUGGUUAUUUAGCAUGGAGGCUCAAAACAAUCCAGAGGAGCAAUGCUACAUCAGCGACCAGAACUUCUCCUCGUCUGACUGGUGGAGGGCCGAAAGCUAAGAGAGAUGCAUUAAGAAGUCCUGAGAUGACCCUGACUGAAGAGCAAUCCAAGGAGGCCAUGUCAUUCAUGAAGUAUUCUUCUGAUGAGGCCACUAUCAAGCAAAAGAUGAAGAUAACAUUUGAAUAUCGUUUUCAGAUCGUCCUCGAUGAAGAGAAAUCCUCAGACGUCCUGACUGAAUUUCCACGGUUCCGAGACGUCAAAGGCCUGGUAAAUGAGUGUUUAAGCAUACAACACUACAAAUAACCUGAACUGUCACUUUUAUGUUUCUUAACUCUUGCUAUGUCAUUUAUCUAAUGCAGGUUGAG